UGAUCACAAAUUCUGUUCUAGAAUUCAAACAAGGAUGGAGUACAAGAAUGAAAAUGCUGGAAUAGAACUGCUUCUUGCUCACAUGAAUAUUGAAGACUUCAUCCAAGAGGCAGAACAUUUCUACUGUGUUGACGAGGAGGUGGAAUCAGGAGUCUCAUUUGACGAAAUUUUCUUGCAAGAAGACAUGGACGAGAAUGAGGAAACGCCACACGAUCUAAUCACACAUGCGCAAAACCCCGGAAAGGUCCGUUAUGGGACAGCAUCUGACCUCCUGGACUUUGUCAAUAUGGUCUCAAACAUACCAUCUCCUUCUCUCCUCGAAGUGGGUCAAGAAAUGGGUGUCCUGCUAAACAAGACAGACAUGGUCAUUAAGGAGGGUCAUUAUCGCAUAGAUUUGGACGUUCUUCUGUUUCCGUGGAAACUGACCUACAAGCCCCUAGGUCCUGGACAUGUUCCCAAAGGCUCAUUUGGGAAGGUCCAUCUGGCCCAGGACACCAAAACUCGGAAGCGAAUGGCAUGCAAACUAAUUCCUAUGGAACAUUUCAAGCCUGCAGAUGUGGAAAUCCAAGCCCGGUUCCGACACGAGAACAUAGCAGAGCUGUAUGGGGCAUUGCUGUGGGAGCAGACGGUGCAUUUGUUCAUGGAAGCGGGCGAAGGGGGCUCGGUUCUGGAGAAGCUGGAAAGCUGUGGUCCAAUGAGGGAGUUCGAGAUCAUCUGGGUCUCUCAGCAGGUUCUGCGAGGCCUGGAGUACCUGCACUCGCACAACAUUAUACACCACGACAUCAAACCCAGUAAUAUUGUGUUGAUGUCCGCCAAAGCCGUGCUGGUGGAUUUUGGUCUUACAGUACAGAUGAAGGAUGAUGUAUAUGUUCCUCGGGACCUACGUGGCACCGAGAUGUACAUGAGUCCAGAACUGGUUCUGUGUCGAGGACACAGCACAAAGACGGACAUCUACAGCCUGGGAACCACAAUCAUACACAUGCUGAGUGGCAGUCCUCCAUGGGUUAGGAGAUAUCCCCGAACAGCCUACCCCUCAUACCUUUACAUUAUCCACAAACAGGCCCCUCCUCUAGAGGACAUCCCUGAAAGCUGUAGCCCCGCGAUGCGCAGGCUCCUGGAGCACGCGCUCGAUAGGGUCCCCGGACGGAGGAGCUCUGCCUCGGAAUUACUGAACGAGGAGGCCCUCCAUCCGUCUCGGGAAGACCAGCCGCGCUGUUGGAGUCUGGACUCUGCGCUGGAGGAGGGCACACAUCCCAUGCUGCGACAGCACAGUCAGCUUUCAGACAGCACUCAAGAUUCUUCUUUGUACACUGAGGACUCUGGGCACUCUAAGAAGAGAGGUUCCCUCUAUAUGGAUCUGGGCGCCUUGGCUGGUUACUACAAUCUGGUUAGAGGGCCACCAUCCAAUGAAUAUGGCUAAUGAGGUGGAUUUUUCCUGAGGACCAGUGUACUUGUAUAGUCUGCAUUCAUAUACAAGCUGUGGGAUACGCAUGGAUGUAUCAGUUCAGUGGAGCUAAACUCCAUUCCACAUAUAUGGUGUCCUAAAUGAGGACACUCAGUGUACGCUAAUUGGACAAUGAGCUGUCCAAUUAGAGAUGGAUGCUUUUUGAAAUGCAAGAGACAUUCAUGACUUGCUGAAGAGAAGAAAGAACUGUGUUUUUGUUGAACGGUUUGUUAAUACAGUUCCUUGUCUGUGCUUUUAGAGCAUGAGUGAUAAUGACACCAUAUUCUGUUUAAAAUACAUUCUAGGAUGGAUGCACCAAUAUUACAAUUCUGGCCAAUACAGAUAAACGGAUAAUUACUUCUAAUUUAUGGCUGAUAACAACUUAAUGAACAAUAAAUGAAACAAUAUAUACACUAUUUAGUAAAUACAAUUGAUGGAUGCAUCACAACAUUUUAAUGUACAGUAUAAAAAUGCAUCUGAUAUUGGCUGAUAAACAAUAUUGGUGUUGAUAUAUUGUGCAUCCCCUAAAAUGGACAAAUACUUUUUGCUUUAUAUAUAUAUACCAGUAUAUACUGUAAUUUUGAAGCUUGUGCUAGAUGCAUUGAUUAUGUAUUCCAUAUCUGAUCACAUAAGGGCGGGCCUUUAUGAGAGUAAAGACGAGUUUAUACUAGAUUGUCACUGCCAACAGCAGAAUGUUUUUUAAUAAUAUAAUGAUUUCUGACCAUAGCAGUGCUAUGUAUGUUAAGAAUGUAUGUAUCUCCAGUGAAUUACAAAGGCAGACCUGUGUUAUCUGACCUACAUUUAUAGGGUUUCUUUUUGUGAAAUAUUAAUAUUAAAGUGGUGAGUCUGCUGAAUUUGAAUAUAUAACAUAGUCUGUCUGUGUCUUUAGCUAAUCAUUUCAGUAAAUAAUUUCUGUUUAAUCCCCACGUGAGUGCCUUGUCUUUAAAUAGCUUUAUCUGAGAUCCCUGGAUAAUACAUCCAUUGUAAAAAAUAAGAGAUGGCAAAAAAGGACACUACAACAAUACAGUUUAUAUUUCCAGGAAUUGUUUUCAGAUGAUACUGAAAACUCAUCUCAGGUUGAUAUUCCCAUGGAAUGUGUUUUUUGUUAAGUAGUUGCAAUGCAAGACAAAGAAAUGUGCACUCAGACAAAAAUGUAAUAGAUUGUCCAGAUCCUCCCAAAAUAAUGUCUCAAUCAUAAAUGUCUCAAUGUGUUCAUAAAAGUGACUCAAUAAAUAUAUGAUCUGACACUGCAA